GUUUGUUUAUUUAGAUUAAGACCACACAUAACACAGAACCUCAAAAGUAUAUGAAUAUCAAAUGAAGAUUGAAAUUUUCCUUUGAACAAAAAAAAAGCACAUAGAGAAAAAGAGUGAAAGUGAGAGUGAAUGUUCCUUUGUUUUCUUUCUUCUUUCAGCUCAAAUUAUUAUUCACUACAUCAAAGCAACCAUUGAUAACCUAACUUCAAAUUUUGCUACAAAAAUGGAUUUUGAUGAAGAUCAAGAAGAGGAACAAGAUGAAGAGUUAUGUAUGGGUGGAGGAAAUUACGACUCUUUACCUAACUCAUCAAGAGUUGUUAAGAUGCCUGGUGGAACUGAACCUAUCAUGGUGACUCAUCCACUCAGAAACAUCCUCAACAACAACAACAACAACAACAACAACAACAAUGGAAACAGCAACAUAGGUGGUGUUGUUGGAAAUGGUAAAGCAAGGUAUAGAGAGUGUCUGAAGAAUCAUGCUGUAGGUAUUGGGGGUCAUGCUCUUGAUGGUUGCGGUGAGUUUAUGCCGGCAGGAAGUGAAGGAACUUUGGAGUCACUAAAAUGUGCUGCUUGUAACUGCCACCGUAACUUCCACCGAAAAGAGUCAUCGGCAGAUGUUACUGCCGGUGACCCUUUUCUGUUGACACACCAUCAUCACCAUCCACCACCUCCGCCACAAUUCGCGGCUUAUUAUCGAACUCCAGCGGGGUAUUUGCAUGUUUCUGGACAGCAGAGGACUGGGACACUUGCUUUGCCGUCUACUUCUGGUGGCGGUGGAGGGACGCAGAGUACGAGGGAAGAGCUUGAAGAUGUUUCGAAUCCAAGUGGUGGAGGAAGUGGUUCAAGUAAGAAGAGGCAUAGGACAAAAUUCACGCAGGAACAGAAGGAUAAGAUGUUGGAGUUAGCUGAGAAAUUGGGUUGGAGAAUUCAGAAACAUGAUGAAGGUUUGGUUCAAGAAUUCUGUAAUGAAAGUGGUGUUAAGCGUCAUGUUCUUAAGGUUUGGAUGCAUAACAACAAACACACUCUUGGUAAGAAGCCCUAGAUAUGAAAACAAAAACCCAAAUAACAAAAUUUGAAUAUUUUCUUUCCUAGGGUUUAUUGAAUAUUCCAUGUCAUUUGAAGAUAAGAUAAGGGUGCAAGUGGAAUGGAACAUUAUAAAUAUUUAUGCUACUUAAUUUGUCUUAGUGUUUAAACGUUUAGGUAAGAUUCUAGUACUUUAAUUUGAUUAGAUGAUCUUAUUAUUGUUGAUGAACUAAUUUGAGUUUAAUUUUAUCUAGACCUUUGGUCAUGAUUUAGUUUUCUUUGUA